AUGACGCUGAAGCAGCAACAGUAUGAAAUAACAAAUCAUGGUUAUGGCAAGGAUGCUGUCAAAAUACUGCAUGUAAAUCGCCAAGGACCAGUGCAUACUAUACAAGAGUUUGAAGUCUGUACGCAAUUGAAACUCUAUAGCAAAAAGGAUUACUAUCAAGGCAACAAUUCGGAUAUUGUGGCAACGGAUUCGCAAAAGAACACAGUCUAUUUGUUGGCCAAAAAGCAUGGCAUUGAAAAUCCGGAAACCUUUGCGCUGCUCUUAGCCAAACAUUUUCUUAAUAAAUAUGCGCAUGUGCAGCAGGCUCAUGUGCAUGUUGAGGCUUAUCCUUGGCAGCGCAUUUGCCAGGAUGAUAUACAUGGCACUGAGCUGGAAAAGACAGGUGCUGGCAACUUUAGUGCUCAUGGCCAUCGCAGGCUGCAUAACUUUUCACCUGUGGCGCAGCAUUAUUGCGAUGUGGUGAUGAAACGUGAUGAUCCCAAGCAAACAGUCAUUAGCGGCAUUAAGGGCUUGCGCGUGCUGAAGACUACGCAAUCCUCGUUUGUUAAUUUCAUUGACGAUGAGUUCCGUUCGCUACCCGAUCAGCAUGAUCGUCUCUUCAGCACAGUGGUGGACUGUUCCUGGCAGUACUCUGAUACGGAAACGGUAAACUUUAGCGCCGCCUGGCUGCUGAUCAAGAAUAUUAUACUUCAAAACUUUGCGGGUGAUCCGAAUGUGGGAGUUGCCUCACCUUCCGUGCAGCAUACGCUUUACCUUACCCAGAAGCAGGUGCUGGAAGUGCUGCCUCAAGUCUCAGUUAUCCUAAUGACCAUGCCCAACAAGCAUUACCUAAACUUUGAUACGAAGCCCUUCCAGCAAGUGGUGCCUGGCGAUAAUAAUGAAGUCUUUAUACCUGUGGACAAGCCACAUGGCACCAUCUAUGCUGAGUUGACGCGCAAGCAACUAAGAAGCCAUCUAUAA